GCGUUGUGUUUACAGUAAAGGUCCGGCGGUGCGCGCGCGACACGGGGGGACUAUGAGCACGCGCAUUCCGCCACAUGCGUCCUCAAGCCGCGCCGCAGACGUCCACGUGAGGGACUCGCACUGCCACUGGCGCGUCCGCAGUCCGGUGGGACGACUUUUCAGCCGCACGGGCAGUUGAAGCUUCCACGCGCGGAGCCACUUUUAGCCAAGUUGCGAUAAAAGAGGAACUUUUCAUUUUUUUUUAAUUUUUUAUUUGUUUUGCUUAUGUGAACUGAAAAAAAACAAAGUGGGUUUUUUUUUUUUUUACGCGCCUUUUACGCACGUUUUACGCACGUUUUACGCACGAAGAUGGUGCAGCGGCAGACGUGUCUUGCGCUCUCGCCGGCCGGGGACUCCACGGACACCGGGGAGAUGGACCUGGACAUGGACGCGUCCCCCACCCCGCCGGGGCGCAACGACCUGGCCUGGUGCAAGACCCCCACGGGCCACAUCAAGAGACCCAUGAACGCCUUCAUGGUGUGGUCGCAGAUCGAGCGGCGGAAGAUCAUGGAGCAGUCCCCGGACAUGCACAACGCCGAGAUCUCCAAGCGGCUGGGCAAGCGCUGGAAGCUGCUGAAGGACGCGGACAAGAUCCCCUUCAUCCGGGAGGCGGAGCGGCUGCGGCUCAAGCACAUGGCCGACUACCCGGACUACAAGUACCGGCCCAGGAAGAAGGUGAAGUCCGGGGGGGCGAAGAGCUCGGAGAGGAGCAGCAAAGCCAAAAGAAGCCCCGCCUCCAAAGCCGCCGGCCGGGCGCACAAGCAGAGCAGCAAGCCCGCCGCGCCCGGCCCGGACCCCGCGUCCCCCGGGGACCACCAGACCCUCUUCAAGUCUCGCUCCGCGGCCAGGAUGAUCCCGGAGAAGCGAGGCGGGCCCCCUUCCGUCGGAGUCCCGGCCAGUCCCGCCCUGAGCAGCUCGGCCGAGUCCAGCGACCCUCUGAGCCUGUACGAGGAGCCCAGUCCCGGGGCCAGAGAGUCCUCCCACACCGCGCGCCUGCGCUACUCGUCCCGCGCGUCCUCGCCGACCCCGUCCGCCGCGCACUCCUCCUCCUCCUCCCCAUCCUCCUCCUCCUCCUCGGAUGAGGAGUUUGAGGACGAGCGGCUCGACUUGAACCCGAGCCCCGGCGGCUUGGAGGGCGCGUCCCUGCAGGGCGGCGCGCAGGGCUUCUCGGACGCGGAGCUGGACCGGGACUUGGACUGGAGCUUCGGGGCGUGCGGCGCCGGCUCCCACUUCGACUUCCCCGACUACUGCACCCGGGAGGUGAGCGAGAUGAUCUCAGGGGACUGGCUGGAGUCCACCAUCUCCAACCUGGUCUUCACCUACUGACCGGCGUUCGGAGCGAAUGUACGCAGAGAGAGAGACUCCUUCUGGAAAGUGAACUUUAAGGAGGGGCGGGAACUGGGAAGACAAUCCCAGGUGUGUCCCCCCAGCCCCCUUCACAUAAGUACUUCAAUGCGCAUGCGCUCCCGGACGAGGAGGAUUUUAUUGUUGUUUCAUGUUCAUUGCUGCGUAAUUACGCAAUGUGAGACCUUUUUUUCUUCUUCUUCUUCUUCUUUCUCGGACACAAAAAUUCACGAUCACCAGCUUUUCUCUUUCAACGGCAGGACUUUCAAAAUAAAACUCAGUGCACAAUUCAGGACCAACGCUUCCGCCCACCCUAAAAAAAAAACAAAUCUGCAUCCUUUCUGCCUUUUAGUGCUUCAAGUUUGUAGUUCCUGACUCUCUCUUUGUUUUUGUUUUUUUUGAUAUCUCGAUGUAUUUAUACCGGCCAAAAUGUUUUGAUACAUAUAGAAGUAUUGUUCUCGUGCAGGUCUUUAUUUUGUCUUGGUGUGCACACACACACUUUGUCUGUAAUCCGGCGCGGAAGGGCUAGAAAGUGUCUCUUAUUUCAAGCGUCUCACUUUUUGGAGCGCCUCAUGAUUUUUUUACUUGUAUUUUUGUACAAAAUCUAUAGAAAGUUCGAGGAGGUCAGGGGUGAGGAAGAGGCCUCCGUCUUUGGAUGUGCGGAAAAGUCGGGGGGGUUGGUUGGCACAAUCUGACCUCACACAGUGUUUACAGUAUUUUUUAGCCACGUGCUUCUUAAUGGCGGCAGCCAAGUAGUCACCACUCACCACCGAGGCGCCCCAGUCUGAGCGGUGCCUCCCAGACGACAACAACAACAACAACAACAACAACAUGGUGACUCUAUCACCUCUCUGUGCUUUCCUGAAGUUUUAUUUCCGAACCACUGGAUGGACAUCUCAAACGCUCAUUCCACUUUGCCUAGAGGAGGGAAGGAGGUGCAAGAAGUGCUUCAUCUGUUCCAAAAUGAACAAGUCUAGCAAACAACCGCUUGUGUAUUUUUUUUUUUUUUGUUUUGUUUGUUUUUUGUUUUUAAUGGCAUGGCAAACUAGCAUUUGUAUUUCAGAUUCAGGUAUAUGUAGCUAUAGCUGUUGUGUUUAAGAUUUUUAAAAGAAUAAUAACAUGAAGAUAUUUAUGUAAACUGACUGUACUAUAAGCAAAGAUUGUGUGUUUUUUUUUUUUGUUUGUUUUUUUUUAUAACGACAGGCACUAGGACGGCCAUCUUUGGACACCUUGAAGAAGAUGAUUGUUGUCGGGGAGUUUUUUUCUCUUUUUCAAGACUUUUUUUUUUUUUUUUUUCAUUUGUGCAAUAUGCUGUGUAUGACCAUGUUUUGUCCGAUCAUGCCAAUAUCCUUUUGAUGUUUAUAACUUAGGAGAAAGAAAAAAAGAAAAAAAAAACAGCCAAUGUUUUUGGGUCAAUCACUGCCUCUCAGACCUCUGUACAGAUUGUUGUUUUUAUUUGUAUUUCUUUUCCUCCAAGAAGGAAAUAAAAUCAGCUGGAACUGAAAAGUG